CACUCAGCCCGUAGUGUCCGGUCGGAAGCGUGCACUGACGUGCAUCUAUGCACACUUGUCGCAGAAUUCAAAGUGAUGUUUGCCGUGUCCCGAGUAAACACUGUUGGACAGACGAAGUUGUAAUGCGACAUCUGGGCACGCUGAAUCUCAUUGUUCCAUUUCGCUACUUUUAUCCACGAAAAUCUCAUUUCGAAAAUGUUACGGCACCAGGGAAUAAAUUACGUGACAGUUAUAACAAUUCUGCUUUCUGCCGGCUACAUUGAGGCUGCAUUCAGAAACUUGGAAUCUCUUAAGACUCCGAUAAAUAUUGGUGCGAUAUUACCACCAAACACAAUUACUGAGGUGGCAUUUGCCUCCGCUCUGGCCCGCGCUUCUAUGGAGAGUGAACAUUACCUGUUUGUAAUGAAAGUGGAAUAUGUACCUCUUGAUGACAGUUUUGCUGCGGCUAAAGCUGCCUGCAAGCUGAUAUCGGCGGGAGUGAUCGCAAUAUUCGGCCCCACUGACGCUACUUCAGCAUCCGUCGUGGAGGCACAAUGCCGAGCUGCUAGAAUUCCUCACAUACAGGCUGUGUGGCGUCCGCCGCCCAUUCGAGGCUACCAGCAACCGACACCGCCAGGUAUCAACUUGUAUCCUGAGGCAGUGGCCCUGUCGAAGGCUGUCGCGCAUUUCAUCAAGGACAGCGAUUGGAACUCCUACACGUUGCUUUACGACGAUGAUUACGGUCUAAUAAGACUUCAAGAAAUCCUCAAAUACGCUGACCCGGAACACAAAUGGUCGGCCAGAAGGCUAGUGCCCGGGGCAGACAACCGGCCCUUGUUGAAGUCGUUGAAGUUAGCGGGCGAAAGCCGGGUCGUCCUAGACUGCCCUCCUCACAGGGUGAUGGAUUAUCUGCGCCAAGCGAACGAGGUGCAGUUCUUUCAAGACUAUAUGAGCUACGUUCUUAUGUCACUAGAUGCACACACGUUGGACUUAGAAGAACUGCGUUACGGUUUGUCGAACGUGACUUGCCUGCGGAUAUUCGCUCAUGAGGACUCAAGGACACGCUCCUAUUUAGCCGAUUGGAAAGUUAGGGCCUCGCCCGAAGUGAAGAUACCGAAAGAUACACAGGACAUUACAGUUGAAGUGGCAUUAGCCAGCGACGCCGCAAGACUGAUUACGGCUGCAGUGGAAAGCGCUCCAGAGGAAUUUAAAGUUGAAGCGCAGGAACUUGAGUGCAACUCUGAAAGUCAGUGGGAGAUCGGGGAAGAAUUCAUCAAUCACAUAUUAACGAACCCAAUAGUAGGGAUAACAGACCAGAUAAUGUUGGACAAUACAACGGGCGAACGUAUUAAUUUCAACGUGGAAAUAAUGGAAUUAUCAAACAGCGGGUUUAACAGCAUUGCGAAAUGGAAUCCAGAUACCGGCUUUGUGUACGUGCGAUCGGAGGACGAAGUUUCCGAUCUACUUGCGGAAAAAUGGCAAAAUAAAACUUUUCGGGUCGUGUCCCGAAUCGGAGCCCCCUAUCUUGUAGAAAGGGUUCCUGAAGAAGGCGAAGAACUAACAGGAAACGACCGUUACGAAGGCUACUCAAAAGAUUUGAUACAUGAAAUCCUUAAAGAAACGCUCCAUUUAAAUUAUGUGAUUGAGAUCGUGCCAGGAAAUUUAUACGGUUCUUACCAUAAAGAUACAAGGAAAUGGGACGGGCUGGUCGGCCAUCUUUUAGAAAGGAAAGCCGACUUAGCAAUAUGCGACCUAACGAUAACCUACGAGCGGCGUUCGGCGGUAGACUUCACUACCCCCUUCAUGACACUGGGCAUCAGUAUUCUGUAUUCUAAACCUAUUCCUCCGGAGCCAGAACUCUUCGGCUUCCUGAAGCCGUUCUCAGUCGAUGUGUGGAUCUAUAUGGCUGGAUCUUUUCUUAUGGUGUCUCUGCUUUUACACAUUUUAGCAAGACUAGCACCAAAUGAUUGGGAAAACCCACAUCCCUGUGACAAGUCGCCCGAAGAGUUGGAAAAUAUAUGGCAUAUUAAAAACUCGGCUUGGCUCACUAUGGGAUCUAUUAUGACUCAAGGCUCCGAUAUUUUGCCAAAGGGUUAUUCCACCCGCUGGGUGUGCGGAAUGUGGUGGUUCUUCGCUCUCAUCAUGUGCUCGUCGUACACGGCUAACUUGGCUGCCUUCUUGACCAACGCGGCAAUGGACGAUUCCAUCAAAAGCGCGGAAGACUUGGCGGCGCAGUCUAAGAUCAAGUAUGGAACAGUUAAUGGUGGUUCUACCUAUUCGUUCUUCAAGCGAUCUAACUUUUCUACGUAUGCAAAAAUGUGGACAGCAAUGGAAUCCGCAAGACCGUCGGUUUUUGUGCCGAACAACGAUGUAGGUGUCGAAAGGGUGCUUAAAGGCAAAAGGGAGUAUGCAUUUUUGAUGGAGUCCACGGCCAUUGAGUACCAGCUGGAGCGAAAUUGCGAAUUAAUGCAAGUGGGCGGCUUGCUCGACUCGAAGGGAUAUGGUAUUGCUAUGCCUUUUUUCUCUUCCUAUCGCACUGCUGUGGACAAUGCUGUUUUGAAAUUAGCCGAGAGUGGGAGACUAGUGGAACUUAAGAAUCGAUGGUGGAAAGCACCGGAGGAGAACGCGUGUGUUUCAGAGGAAGCAGGCGAGGAAGGGGCGAGUGCAGCAGAACUGGGAGUGGACAAUGUCGGUGGAGUGUUCAUAGUGCUGGGCACCGGCUGUGGAAUAGCAGCCGCCAUGGGCAUAUUUGAGUUCUUGUGGCAUGUUAAGGAUGUCGCUAUAGAACAGAAGAUGUCACGGACUGAAGCAUUUUGGGCGGAGUUCAUCUUCGCGCUGAGUUUCUGGGAGACGGAGAAACCAGUGGCUCACUCCAGGCCGUCUUCGUCAGCAUCUGGUUCGGGCAGUGAUGAUCGCUCACGCGCCUCCUCGGUGCUGCGCUCGGCUGCCGACUUGUUCCGUUUAGACGUUUUUAAAUUCAAUUUCUAUAUUUACGAAAAACAAUGGCCAACAGUGGGGAUCUUCGAACCGGGUUCCGGAGUGGAGAUGGGCGCCUUCAAUGAAAGCGUGAACAGUGCCGUUGGUGAUGGCAACCGGCGGUUGGAGCCGAUCAUCAUCAAGCCCACCGCGUCUGAUAGCUACUCCGUAGUAACUGACCUGUGUACAGAUGAUUCAAUAAGAACUAUAGCCGUGCUUGGACCACACAAUUUGAUAUCAGACAGAGGUGUGCUAAACCAUUGUUCCAAAUUGAAUAUUCCAUACCUGCAAGCUACAUGGCAGCCAUUUGACCCUGACUCCGAGGAAGAAGAAGAUAUAGGAAAUUCCAAUGACAAUAAAGACGAGGAAAAUGAUGAAAACGAAGAACAGGAAUACAAAUUUAAAAAUAUUGCUAUUAAUUUUUUUCCGGACGCAAAUGAAGUGGCAAAUGCGUACGCUGAUGUAUUAAAAUUUUAUAAUUGGGAAAGUUUCAUAGUUCUCUAUGAAGAUGAUUACGGAUUAUUAAGAGUUCAGAAAAUCAUAUCUAACUAUUCGACAAAUUUUUAUGUGAUAUUUCGAAAAUUGGACCCUGAGGCUGAAAACUACGAGAUAUUUAAAGAAUUAAGUAAGAUGCAAGAAAGUCGUAUUAUAUUAGAUUGUCAUGUCGACAAUAUCUUAAAAUAUAUAGAAGUUGCUGCCAAACUCAAUAUGCUCAACUCAUAUCAGCAUUAUACAUUAACAUCUAUGGAUACAUCCCGGGUGGCGGAUCAAUUGGCCACAUACGCUUCGAAUUUUACUUGGCUUAGUCUAGCAGAGUACGAGAAACUUAGCAGUGCACAAGGCAGUCUGAAUUCAAGAGUUAGUCACUGGAAUAAUGGUAUCUCACUACCCGUUGUCAAAUUUCCGAAUGAUGCUUUAUUAAUGGAUGACGUUGCAAGACAUGUUUUGGAGGCGGCGGAAAAAUCAAACAUUCCCCCUGAGUCCCAAGGAAAACUGUGCAGCAGUGAACCAUGGGAAUACGGAGCUAAGCUACAAGAACAUAUACUGAACACAACAACAACAGGAGUUACUGGAAUAAUAUCAUUUGAUCCAAUGACAGGCCGUAGAAAAGAUUACACAUUAUAUUUAAAUGAGAUACACCAAUCACAUUUGCAUACCAUUGCGACGUGGAAGUCUGAGCAACAGGAGUUUGUAAGCGACGAAAAGGCUAUCGAGAUACUAAGUAAUCAGUCAAAUACUCAUCAUUUCAAAGUAAUGUCCCGACCUGCUGAACCAUAUAUCGCUAAAAAGAAGUGCUACAUCGACCAUCUACCGGGUCCCGACUGCAAUGAAGAUGACGAUGGACUUGAAUAUGAAGGAUUCUCCGUAGAUUUGGUCACAAAUAUAUUUAAAGUUCUCAAAGAUGAGAAUCCUGGAUAUACGUUUGAAUUCGUGUAUGACCCGAAUAUCACUUACGGAAAAUAUGACACCGUUCAGAAGAAAUGGGAUGGACUUAUUGGAAAAUUACUAGAUAAACAAGCCGAUCUGGUCGUAUGUGACUUGACAAUGACCGAAGCUCGGAAGAAGCUAGUCGAUUUUUCGGUACCAAUUAUGACUGUGGGUAUCAGUAUUCUCUUCACCAAGGAUAAUAAGGUCCCGAUCGACACGCUGUCAUUCCUCAAACCUUAUUCUGUGGAGAUGUGGAUCUACACAGGGACAGCAUACUGUAUUGUGUCUAUAGUACUCUUUGUUUGCUCAAGAAUAUCUCCAGCUGAUUGGGAAAAUCCGCAGCCGUGCGAAAAGGAGCCAGAAGAGUUGGAAAAUAUCUGGAACUUCAAAAAUAGCACCUGGCUAACAAUGGGGUCUAUUAUGACUCAAGGAUGUGACAUUUUACCUAAGGCUUUCGGCUCCCGUUGGGUAUGUGCCAUGUGGUGGUUUUUCGCCAUGAUUGUCUGUCAAACUUAUAUCGCACAGUUAGCCGCUUCGCUGACGUCUGCUAUGGAAAACGCACCCAUUGAGGGAAUCGAAGACCUGGCCAAGCAGACCAAGGUUUUAUACGGAGCCUUUGAGGCAGGCUCCACGAUAGAGUUCUUUAAGAACUCGAAAGAUAAAAUGUACCGCAAGAUCUAUGAGAAUAUGAUAGCAACACCAGGCGUGUUAGUAGAGAGCAACGAGAUCGGCGAAAAGCGUGUAUUAGCAAGUAAAAACAAAUUUGCAUUUUUCAUGGAGUCUGCCAGCAUUGAGUACAAGAUGAAACGGAAUUGCUUACUUAAGAAAGUUGGAGGUGAACUGGACUCUAAGGAUUAUGGAAUUGGAAUGCCUGCAAAUUCGCCGCAUAGAUCAAAAAUCAAUAGAGCCAUUUUAAAACUUAAGGAAAAUAAUAAAUUGAAUGAUAUCAAAGAUAAAUGGUGGAAUGAAAAAUUUGGUGCUAUACCAUGUGAAGAUACGGUAGAUGUUAACGACGUGGAAGGUGACUUGGAGCUUGAGAAUUUGGCCGGUGCCUUUUAUGUGCUGAUCGGCGGACUAUUUGUCGCGCUAAUUAUUACUGCUGCCGAGUUCAUGAACGAAGUCCAGAACAUAGUGGUUGCUCGUCGUCGUGAAGUGACCCACAAAGAAGCGUUUAUAGCGGAGCUGAAAGCUUCCCUGAACUUCUUCCAGCUCCAAAAGCCGGUUAUGUGCAGCCGCGCUCCAUCUAUCGCUUCACGCGGAUCUUCCCAGAGAUCGCUGAAGUCGCAUAAAUCGAACAGGUCGAAUGUGCGGGAGCAGUUUCUUACCAACUUUCUUGAUUUUGAAAAGGGACAGAAUUAA